UACUUAUUUAUGCCUAACUUUGUCAACCGUGAACCAAUUUUUAUUUCAUUAUAUUAUAUUGCAAAUUGUGAAUGUUUUUAAUUGAUUAUGAUUUAAAAAUUUAUUAUUCAUUGUGGUGUCUCUCAGAGACAACAGUAUUUUUACAUUUAAACAUGUACCUAUACAUCUUACAUUAUAUAAUCUAUACGCAUAAUAUAAACACAGUUUCGAUGCGACAUAAACAAAUCACUACCUAUCUCGUUCUUUCAAUAUACACGCGUCCCUUACCCACACCGUGUUUACAAUUUCCUCAAGCGAACUCCAGUUGCAUUCUCCGGUUGCGCGCGCGCACUCGCGCAUCUGUCAUCGAUCUGUAAGAUCUAUAGAUCAUUUUUCUCGUGUUACGUGCUCGUGUUGUGAUAUAAUAGCGUCGACCAAGAACUAUUGUGACUGCAUAUACGUACAACAAUGUGCCCUUUGUGUGUUGCAUUUAUGAAUUUUUAAUUGUUUUAUUACGAAACAGUGAUACUGUGAAGUGCCUGUGAUAUUAAUACAUUCCGAAAAUGCGUCGUAUGAAAAUUAACAUAGACCCAGACUUGUGUGAUUUGGAAGAAAUGCUAGCUAAUGUCCAGAAUCAAUUGGAACACGAAAUAGUUUUGGAGAAGGAGUCCAAAAUGCCUUCUCUGACGAAUAUUCAGGAAUCACCGAGAAUGGUCAAGCGGACUUCGUCGUUCAGCCGUGAGAGAGUGGAGCACAGACGCCCGUUGCCGCGGCCUCCUCUCGCUAGAGUCUUCAGCGAGGUUAACUCGGGAAGUCACUCGUUGAACGGGGAAUACAGGAAUGGCGAUUACAGGAAUGGUGAGAGUGAAUACAGUCAACCCAAUUUGGAAUAUAACAGACUGCGAGGAUCGCAGAACAGUUUAUCAAAGAAAUCGGACGAAAUGGGCUCCCAGAGUUCGCUGAGGUCAUUUAGAUCGGAGCCCGUUCAGAGGCACUCUGUGCUGAGUUUGCCAGAUAACAGAGGGUCGUCUCCUUCCCUCAACGGGAGGGCGAGAACCGCCACAUUGCCAAGAGGAUAUGGCUCCAACAAGGACAAGAAUUGGGAGGAAUAUUGGGCACACGAGCAAUCCAUAAGCAGCGCUCGCGCCUCCGUGAUGGUGUACGACGAUGGGCUCAAGCGCUGGGUGCCGUCAGGGUCCAGUUCGGGGCUGUCCAAGGUGCACAUAUACCAUCACACGCAGCACAACACCUUCCGAGUCGUCGGGAGGAAAUUAAACGACCACGAGGUGGUUAUAAACUGUGGCAUCGUCCGCGGUCUAAAGUACAACCAAGCGACGGCAACAUUCCACCAGUGGCGCGACGCUCGCCACGUGUACGGCCUCAACUUCUCGUGUCGCGAGGACGCCGACAGCUUCGCGAGGGCCAUGAUGCACACAUUAGAGAUCUUAGCCAACAAGCCCAGCAACAACUCUGCGCCGCCGCCGCCCCAGCCGCCAAAUCCACCGGGACCCUAUAACGGGCACAACAACGUUCACAACUACGACGAAGAUAUGGGAUACAGAACGAUGACGCGAGAGGACGCUGCGAUGCUUCAACAGCCGCAGUACCACGCGCCGCACAACCAGCAGCCGCAGUACCAGCACCACGCCCCACCCAGCCAGUACCACGCUCCCCAUCACCAUCACCAGCAGCCGGCGGCGCCGCCGCCGCCCGCGCCGCCGCCGCACGGCGCCGGCCACACGCUGCCGCACGCGCACGCGCACGCCGCCCACGCCGCGCACGCGCCGCCCACGCACCACCGCACCAACAGCGCGCCGAUGCCGCCCAACAUGUCGCUGUCGGCGGCGGGCGCGGCCGCGGCGGGGUCGGCCGGGCCGCCCGCGCCGCCGCCCGUGCCGCCGCACCAGAACCUGCCGCCCUGCGCGUCCGCUAACGGCCCGAUGGCACCACCGACCCCGCCCGCUGCCCCUCAACCGCCGCCCAUGAUGUCGCAGCCGCCGGCGCCGGCCGCGGUGCCAGCCGGCGGGCCGCCGCCGCCGCCGCCGCCGCCGGCGGGCGUCGCGGGCGUCGCGGGCGUCGCGGGCGUGUGCUCGCCGCCGCCGCCGCCGCCGCCGCCCGCGCCGCCCGCGCCCGACCCCGCCGGCCUGGCCGCGCAGCUGCAGCAGGCCCGCCUAAAGCGGACCAACACCGCGCCCAGGCAAACUGUGACUGGUGAGGCGGCGUCUCCCCCCGGCGGGGCGGAGCACUCCGGCUCGUCGUCGUCGUCGGGCGGCUCCGCGGCCGGAGGAGGAGGAGGAGGAGGAGGAGGAGGCGGCGGGGGAGGGGGAGGCCGCGCCGGCACGCUGCACUGCAUGAUGAACGAGAUGGCACGCACGCUCGCACGCCGCCGCGCACACCUCGACCGCGCUGAGGAGUCGUCAGCAGAUAGCUCAGCAGGUCAUACGCCGCCUCGGGCCGAGCGUGCCGCCACGCUUCCACAUCGCCUGCCCGCCGGCACUGCUUGUAAUGGGGCUGCUGCCAACUCAGAGCUGCCGUCGCAACAGCAACCUCAGUCGCCGCGUUCAGUUCGUAAGAGGUUCGGCUCGGCCAGUGAGGAGACCAUACUCAAGCAAGUGAACGGGGGCAACGAGGGCGGCUGCGUGUCGGCCGCUGAGUGGGACGCGUUCAAGCAAGAGAUGCUGCGUGAAAUGCGACAGCAACUCAAUCAGGCCAAGAAAGAGAUUAUAGACGCAAUGAAGGCAGAGUUUGCGCGCAGAUAAAAUUAAAGCGCGCUACCCGAGUGAAGCUAGUCCACCGCGCCGGAUACCGGUGAACAACUAUUUUACGUCUUAGUUAUUUAAUGAAUAGGGGAUCACUGUUACCCCACUGUAACGACCGUGAACUCAGUAGGAGCAAACACGGGGUCAACGUGACCACAACUUGAAUAUAAUUAAUAUAUUGAUCGAGACGAAUGUAAGAAUAACACCAUUUAUAGCUAAUGUUAUUUGGGGUAAGUUACCCCACUCAAUAAGGGGUUAUUAUAUUAUCACUUUUAUUAUAUAUAUUUAUAGGAUCAUAUAUUGCAUGUUCAUAUUUAAUACAUUAAUGUAAUUCGAAUAUAUGACUUGUUUGUCACACAUUUUGAAAAAGUGCUUAUCUAUUAUGAACUAUGCUCCUAUAAAUAUGAUAGUGUGAUAACCUCUCAAGGCAUUGGAGGUAUGCAUAUGAGGUCUAUUCUACGUUUUUUUUAGUAUAAUUUAUUAAUAAUUUGUAAUUUAAAAUGCUUUUGGUCUAAUGUAAACCCCCAUCGCUAUUCCAGGAGUAAAAAAAAAAUAAUAGUUACCACUGUUCCAUGAAUUUGAACAAAGUGGGAUAAUGUUGAAUGAACAGACAGCCUCGCCUAUUAUAUUAUUAAUUAUAAUAAAUGUAAUUAUAUUAUGCAUUGACAUCUUACUGUCAAUGGUUAAAAAACGCAGGAUUUGGGGUAACUUUGAUUAUGUUACCCCAAAUUUAGCGGUUCUACUGAUCCUGUCUUAAUUCUGAAUCUAAUACUAUCUAAUUAUUUAAAUAUUUUAAUAAUUAUAAUUCUUUGUUAAAAAUUAAAAAAUAAUCAAUGGUUCUAAAAUGUCGCUUUGGCAAACAAUAUAUAUCCAUUUUGUAUAAUAUUUUUAUUUAUUUAAUUAUAUCACGCAUUUCGUGAUAAUAGGAUAGAUUGAGAACUGAAAUUACGAAGUAUGGUGACGCAGAUGAGUAAUAAAUACUUCUAAAUAUAUUGAAGAUAAAGUAUGAUAUAUUAUAUCUAGUAACUAUACAGGCUGAUCGAAAUCGUUAGUUUCCUUCAAUUAAAGAUGAUGUUCUGUCGAAGUAUUAGGUCGAAAAACAAGAAAAAAAUGUUUAAAGCCAACUUUGAUAUAAUCAGUUUCACCAAAAAAAAACACCCUAUAUAAGGAUGCUAAUGAUUUCGAUCUCAGCCUGUAUAUUUAUAUAUAAUUAUAAUAACAAUUUGUAAUUGUUUUUUGACUAUGCAAAGGUCCUAAUCAAGACUGUACAAAAUGAAGAUUGAACAAAAUAGCCUAAUUUCUUUUUUUUUUUUUUAUAAAAAUAUACGUAAAUACACGUUCGUGUGUGGGUGAUGACGUGUUUUUUAAAUUUACACAGUUUUUUAGUAUAAUUUAUACUAAAAUAUGGUUUUUUUUUGCACUAGUACUCUAUCAGAGUUUAAAUUUAAUUGUUCUAAAAGGAGUUUGACAGCUGGUUAAUUCGUCGUGGUGAGUUCAGUACAAACCAGUCACGAUGGUUAUCAACCUGACAGAGUAUAAUGCUAAUGGGAACUAGAAUCUCCAUCACUAAAAAAUCCAGCUUAAAUACCUUCCACCCAAAUGAUAAUACGAUACAUGAAAAGUAUAUAGAUACGACAGGAAUGUGUCGAAAAUGCAAUCCGAAAAUGACCCUAAUUAUUGCCUCUAAUACUUGCCUAGACUUUUAGAAAAAUUAAUUAACCAUCUCUAGUACUAGUAGUGACAUCUAUAUUUAUGCUGUCAUUGGUUUUUUAGAGAUGUAAAAGAAAGUGGUAACCCCACCUAAGCUGUCGGUAUACACUAGCGGGGUACCAGUGAUAGAUAGAUAGGUGAGGACGAAGUCAGAGCAGUUGACCUAUCGUGAUGAAUUCAACGGGAAAAUAAAUAUGAUUGCUGGCAAGAAGGAGCGCGUUGAGUCCACCUGAUGGGGGUAUAUUGCUAAGCUUACUACUAUUGGGGUUGCCAUACUCCAUUACAAAUAAUCGGUAAAUACGGGAGUUAUUUACCCACCAGAUAUUUCGUUUAUAAUUUAAUCGUUUAACGUAUCUGGUAAAAGUAAUUGCUUCCAACAAGUUCGAAGAGUUAAAAAUAUAAAAUAAACACUAAAUAAGAUAAUUGUUCACCAGUAUUAGCUCGGUACAAUGUGAUGAUGAUGGAGAUGGUGUAAUAAACUAAGUUGCCAAGCGCUGUGGCCUCCGACAACGAUGUGGCAACACAGUAGUGUGUUAAGUGUUGCCAUCUUAUCUCGGUCUACGUAUAAGUCGUGUUUACACUGAUUUAAUAAAUAUAUAUAAAUAAUGUUCUAUUAACGAUUAACGAUUCAGUGGUUGUUCAUAAAAGUACAAGAUACGAUGACUACGGUAAAAUAUCGUGGUUCUUCGUGUUAAAGUUGAACGGUAAAAUAUCGUGGUUUUACAAAAGAGUGGGUAUUUUGAAACUUAGUUAUGUGUUAAUAUUGACUAAUGUGGAUGCAAAUGUAGAUUCAAAGCUUAUGAUUGUUUUUUUUUUUUAAUUCAACUUCUGUAUUUUUUCUUCGUAAUUUGGUGUCCAUAUAUUGUGGGUACCAUAAGUAACUACUAUCAAAAUGUUGCCAUAUUCAACCAUGUAUCAAUAGUUUUUUUUUUUUGCAAAAUGUACUGUAAUUUCUUGACAAAACAAAAACGAUAUGAAAAUACGAGUAGUUGAGAGACUUAUAACACAUUUUUUUUUUAGUUACGUGGAUUAUAUUUUUAUCAUUUUUUUUUUAAUAAUCGCUUUCAAUGUGGUGCUUUUUGAUUUCUAAAAUUAGAGAAUCUAUUCCAUAUAUUUUAUUUAAUUUAUGGUCGUCAUAUCAGUGUAAACACGACCUAACAGAAGUUGCUAGGAAUAGUGUUGCAACAUACAGUUGCAAUACGUUUCCACGCAUUAUCGAUUACGACAGACCGAAGUCGAUUUAAAAAAAACUAGAUUUAGCGCACGAAUAUCGAAGCAUAAAAAAAGUUGUGUUUUUUUUAAUUUUAUACUUAAUAAAGUAUUUAUUCGGAUACGUAUUAUGUACGUAGUGGAUAAGAGUUCGGAUAUUUUACAAAAGGAAUCAAUAUUUACUAUUGGGGUUAGCGGAUAUUUUUUUUUUCUUUAUUAUUUAUAUAAUAAUAAAGAAAAAAAGAAACUUAAAAAUUAUAUGUAUAAAACGCAAUUUUGCAAAUAAUAUUCGAUUUUGUUGAAAAUUCUACAGAGACUAUCGACCGACAUAUAAUUAAAAGUAACAGUAAAUGAUGAAGUAUCAUUAAUAAAUCGAUCUAUAAUAAUAAUGCCUAUAAAUUUGUUCGAUUAAUAUCGAUCAAUUCGUUAAAUAUAAUCGAAUUAAUUGGAGUAAUUGGGACUCUUUUGUAUUACAUUUUGAAACGACUGUAUCAAUCGAGCAACUUUAUAGACAAUUUAAUGGGUAACAAUUUUUUUUUUAUUAUAACACCAAUAGUAAAUAAUGUAACGUUAAAAAUUUAUAUAUAUAUGUGUAAUAUUCAUAUAGCGUCAAGUUAUAUAACUAGUAUGUAACUCGAUAUUUAUUGUACUGUUUCGCGUAAUUUGUACGCGACAGUAUAGUGUUAAGACGUACCUAUUACAGGAUAUAUUUAAAUUGAGAACUGUUAAAUGUCACUGUCACUGGCUGGUGACAUAUGGAUUUUAUUCCAUAUUCAAAUUCUUAUUUAAUCUAUGGCAUAGUUCUGAAAAAGCGCGCGAAUUUUAAAAUAGCCACAUUUUAAGGUUACUAAUUGAAUGAUUUAAUAAGUUAUCGAUUUUGAAAUAUUGCGAAAAAUAGAAACAGAAUUUUGAAAAAAAUGCAAAACAUAGAUUAAAACAUUUAAAAGUUCUUUGCCAAUUUAAUUAUGCUCUGUAAAUACUGAUAAUAUACUAUGUAAUUGAAUAUAUGUAAUAUUCUAUGCAAUGUAUAUAAAAUCUUUUGCCGGGUAAAAUUGACAUAUUUAUGGGCACCCUAUCUUCCCAUACAUUAAUGUCUUCCAUAAUAAAUAAGUUUAAAAAAAUAUUUUCAAUACAUUUUGGUAAUGUUUUUAAUCUGGCAACAAUGAUCCACGGUAACUGCUGUAAUCGUUUUGGCGGGAAAUUAUUACUUGUUUUUUUUUUAUACAACUUAGAAUGGCAAACAAGCUGACGGCCCACCUGAUGGAAAGUGGUAACCGUCGCCUAUAGACAUGAGCAGUAGCAUGGACAUAACAGAGUAUACAGUUUCGCCCAUGAUACCCCCAUGCGUUGCCAUUCCUGAGGACUCAGAUGUUAUUCCUCUGUACCCUGUAAAUUGAAUGAAGUGAAUCAUAGUUCAGAGUUUAAGUCAAUCUUAUUUUUUUUUAAACUUGAUAUUUUAUUAUUAAUUUAUAUUAUGUUUACAAUUUAUUGUGUAUCAUAAUUUAUGACCGUCUGUAACUAUUGAAAAAAAAAAUAUCUUAACCUUAUUUUUUAUUGAAAUUUCUAUUUUAAUAUCCACAAAAAUCUUACCUAAGUUUAAUUUAGUCUCAAAUUAAUUAAAAAGAAAAAAUAAAACAAAAAUUUCAUAUAAACAUUCCAAACGCAUUGUCCAGAAUCAUAAAAAGCCGAUUGAUUGAAGUAAAAAUUUAUAUAUCCAACCAAAAUACUACAUGAAACGAUAUUUUUAACAUAUUAGGGUGUCCAAUACACAUAAAAGCAGAACAAACAGGCCAAACUAGUUAAUAAGUGCUUCACAAUUCGCUGAUAAAUAGCAGGCUUUCGAAAAAGCGUUUACCCGACAAAAGGUAUAUUGAUAUAUUAUAUGAAAUGUAUCAUGUAACUAUAAAGGGAGUACAUAUAUGUAGCAGUACAGGCAUUUGGUUUACAAAUUACACGAUUUCCGCUUUAAAUUGUAUUAGCACCUGGAUUUUUAACAUAGACAUAGAUGUACGUAGAUGUCGCAAACGCAUGUGCUACAAAUAAGACCCCGAUUUUAACUAAAUAUCAAUUCAGAGUCAUUUUUAUUUUAAUUUUUUUUUUUCAUUAUUAUUUUCUAUUUCGUAAAAAGGGUGAUUAAAAUAUUAAAGUAUAAGUUUACGUGGUCGGACAAAUUUACAGACAGAAAAAAAAAUCACUAACGUAUUAUGGCGAAAGCAAUAAGGACGUAGACAAUAAUGGUGAGAGAUUGAUUACUAAUAAGACGCUUCUAAGACCAACUAUUCACAAAAUAAAUUGAAAAACAAAAUAAAUUGAUUAAUUGAUUCAAGUAAAUUUAAAUUUAAGCAUUGUAAUCGUCUUACUAAGUUCUCAAUACAGGUCUCAAUCAGGACAGGCCCAGCCUAGUGUAGGAAGCAAUGAUAAAUUCUGUGCUAAUACAAACAUACUUUGUUUAAUAAAUAUAUCUUUAUCUACCUUAUCUUUGUCAAUACCAAAUGUUACAAACAAAACAGUUAUAUACAACUAACUAAUUUGGCGAAACGCUUGCCGGUAUAUAAAUCGAGGCACGUGCGUCAUCUCUGUCCAUCUAUGUCUAUGGUUUUUAGUUAUAGGUACACGACUGAUCGAGCAUUCCAUUCGAACGUGGUGUUGCCAUGAACUUUACAGCAAUAUUGAUUUUGUAUUAAUGGUUCCAAGUAUUGAUAAUGAAAUUGCAACCUUACUCCUAUUUAAAUUUGUAUGUUUUUACAACGUUAUCUUAUAAAUACAGAAAUAGAUAAUAAUUGUUUUCAUGAUUACAUUUUUAGAAAGAAUGGCAACGCAUGGAGGGUAUCAUGGGCGAAACAGUAUACUCUGUUAUGUCCAUGGUACUGCUCAUGUCUACAGGCGACGGUUACCACUUUCCAUCAGGUGGACCGUCAACUUGUUUGCCAUUCUAAGUUGUAUAAAAAAAAAUACUAUCGCCAUUUUCGUUCAAAACUUAAAUGGCAGUGUCUUACUUGAAAAUUAUUGUUACAUGAAUGAUCCAUCCCAUUACAUGGGUAUUUAUAAUGUCACAGCUUUAUUCUUUUUGGCAUAAGGUCGCAAUUCUAUUGUUCACAAGUCAAAUGUAAUUAAUUCUGCUGUAAAGACUCAUGGCUCAAGGCCCUGGUCGACUUUGGCCUACAUGAAAACUGUACAAUAUGUACAACACGCCAUUUUAUACAAGUCGAUUUCGAGUUUUUAAUAUUGUCCUUACAAAGUCCUCUUUUGGGAUCACAACAGUUGUAUAACCUUUUUUUCCUAUUUAUCUUUUUCAGUAAAGAAUCUUGGCAUGUAUUCUUUUUUUAUAGAAAUUUUAAAAAUAAUUAUUAAAAAAAAAGGUUUGUUCGUUUUAUGCACUGAAAAAUCAUGCCAAGUUGUUUACAUAUAAAUAAGAAAAAUAGAUUAUAACGAAAUGAGCUUUUCGUUUACUUUUUUUUUUUAUAUAAAAAAGAAAAAAAAACUGGUGCUCAAAGACGCGUAUUAAUAUAUCUAAUUUUUUUUUUUUUAGUUGUUGACUGACUAUGCAUUUUUUUAAUAUAGUGUUUUUAUGCGUGAUUGAACAAUGGCAGAUUCCUUAGUAUUCCAAUUUAAGAAGUUGUAUCUUAUAUAUACGCUAGAAAGUGAUUAACACUUAGUGAUAUUUAUUAUAACUAUUGUAAUAUGUAAGGAAAAAUACUAGUAUUAAUAUUAAAAAAAAAAAAAACAUUUUAAUAUAAUAGAAAAACUAACCAAAUUUUAGUUGGAUUUUUAAUUUUAUUAAACUAUUAUGUAUUGGUCUCAGUUAUGUCAAAGAUGGUAUUUAUUCAGUGUAGAAGAAAAAAAAACUGUUUCGGUACAGAAUGUGUAUUCCGCUUAGUCGAUUCACUUGUGUAUUAUUUUUUGUAGUAAAUGUGCGUGAUAAUGUAAAAAUAAUUGACGUGAAGACUUGGCGCUGUCGCUGCCGAGCGCCGCGUCCCUAGUAUUUUGUUUUAAAGAUUCAUAUUUUGUUAGUUCAGUUUUCGGUGCAAAUGGAUGGAUUCCGUUAUUUUUGUAAAUUAUUGUCAUGUUAAAAUAUUAUAGUAUAGGUUACCACGAGUUAUAUUGGAAACUAAAUAAUUUUGUAGUCACUUGAAAUAUUGUACAUAUAAUUUUGGUAUUGAAUUAUAUUUUUUUUUGUGAUCAUA